AUGUCCACAGAGCCUUGUCCGUGGGAGGAGACCCUCAUCAUCGCUGCUGCCAACGGAGACGCCACGGUACUAUCAGAUGAGUUGAGGAAAGGCAAAGAUGUCAACUGUCGCGACACGGAGUUUGGGCGGACAGCACUGUCCUGGGCUGCCGAGAGAGGACACACCAGCGCUGUUCAGACCCUUCUUGAUGCACAAGCCAAGGUUGAUGCUCCCGAUGCCCUUUUCGGUCGCACACCCUUGACCCAGGCCGCUGCCAACGGGCACGUGGAGGUGACUGAAUUACUUCUGCGAGGCGGCGCCGACUUCAACGCUUGCGAUACUUCAGGCGAAAGACCUCUUCUGCAGGCGUCCCGCAAAGGUCACGCCGCUGUCGCGAAGCUCUUGCUCGAAGCAGGCGCAGACCCCAAUGCUAGAGCGUGGAAGAAAGGGCAGACAUCUCUGUCCUUAGCUGCAAUCUGCGAUCAUAUUGACGUCGUCCGGCUGUUGCUGGACCACGGUGCCAACAUAGAUCUUGAGGACGAUUGCACAUGUCAACGCACGCCGAUGAUCUGGGCCGCAAUCAAUGGGCAUGAGGCUAUCCUUAAACUAUUGCUGGAGCAUAAAGCCGGCCUGGAAAAUGAAGACAGCAAGCGAGGCAUGUCUCCGUUGGCAUGGGCCAUCACAGAGGGAGAAGAAGACGCAACUGCCCUUUUACUGGAACGUUCUCUCAAGGGCCCCGUGCAAUACUCAGCUAUCCAAGCCGCAGCUACCACCCCCGGCAAGAGUGAGAUUCUUUCAAAGUUGUUGGACGGAUGGGACGUUGACGUCAACGGACGAGACUAUGGAAGUUAUACGCUCCUUGCGUUGGCAGCCAGGCACGGCUGCGAUGAACAAUUCCGAGUGGUUUUGGAUAGAAGCGCAGACCCUCACAUCCGGUUUACCGACGAAAGAACGAUCAUCUCCUUCGCUGCCGAAGGUGGCGCUUUAGAAUCCGUCAAAUUGUUAUUGCAGAGUGGAGCAGACCUCAAUCAUCAAGAUGACGUUGGAGCAUCGCCUCUAUCCCGGGCUGCUGUGGAGGGAGAACACGAGGUAGUGAAAAUACUAGUUGAAGCUGGUGCUACAUUAGAUGCUCAAGAUGAAAAGGGGCGUACGGCGCUUUUCUGGGCUGCAAAAAAGGAACACUCCGACGUUGCAAAGCUUCUCAUCGACAGCGGCGCAAAUCUGAAUCUGACAGACAACAAAUGGGCAAGAACGGCCCUCCAUUUCGCAAUCGAGAGAGAAAAUGUCGAAGUAGCCAAGUUGCUCAUUACCGCGGGGGCCUCUCUGGAUAUCAAGGAUGGAGAGGGACGCGCGCCAUUGUCUUAUGCCGCCGAGCAAGGCCUCAAAGACGUUGUAGCCCUACUUGUCGAGAAAGGCGCCGACGUAAACAUGCCCGAUGAUACCGAAGAUGACGGCAUGUGGGAUACCAUGGUGCCAUUAUCCUGGGCCGCAGCAAAUGGUAAUGAAGCUGUGAUCGGAAUUCUACUGGCGCAUCAUGCCUCAGUGAAUCCAGAUAUUGAAGGGCGGCCACCUUUGAUGCACGCUUUUCAAGAGGAAAAGGACGAGGCAAUGAAAAUUCUCCUCGAUCAUGGUGCAAACCCAUUCGGCGGCGAUUUCAGUGACGAAUGUGUCUUGAGAGGAGUGGCAAAGUGUGGUCUGAAGGAUAUAGUAGAACUUUGUCUCAAACAAGAGGCUAGGUCUGUGGAGGUCAAGCAAGAAUCGAUCUGGUGGGCUCUUGUCGAAGCCUCACAUAACGACCAUGCAGAGGUAGUGGAGUUGUUACUUCAGCAAAACCCUUUCAGUUUUCCAAUUGCGGACUUGACGCCCUGGGAUCUUGCGGAGGACGAGGAGGUGCUGAGUCUGCUGCAGCCCUACCAGGAGGCCAUACGGAAGCGCGUAGAGCAGGAAGAGUGA